CGUAAGAAUGCACCAGUACUCGAUGCAUUUGUCCGCUCGUUUCCGUUCGAAAAUACGCGCCUAGAUGAUGCACUUCGCAUGUUCCUGGAAACAUUUCGUUUGCCCGGUGAAGCCGCUGAAAUAUCCAUGGUUAUGCAACAUUUUGCUGAUCACUGGUACCGCACGAAUGGCGAACCGUUCAAUCAUGUAGACGCGGCUUUCACGUUAGCUUAUGCUGUGAUAAUGCUCAACACCGACCAACAUAAUCCACAAGUUCUGCUUCGUCGUGGUGAGACAAGUGAAGGUGAAUUUAUACAUGCUCCGGCCGGUUGGAAUGACCAUGAUUUGUUUGGUAUCAUUUGGGGUCCAGCAUCCGCUGCGCUUUCCUUUGUAUUCGAUAAAAGUGGGCGAGAAAUCAUUUUACAGCGAGCGCUAAAUGGAUAUCGUAAAUGCGCAUCGAUAGCAGCACACUAUGGAAUGAGUGAUGUCUUCGAUAAUCUAGUGAUUCAUUUGUGCAAAUUCUCCACUUUAAUGUCUACUACUGAAGGAAAUACAGGACAAAAUUUGGAAAUGCAACGUGGUGGAGUUGUACAGGAGGAUUUUUGCCAGACUGCCGAGCAGAUUGCAAUUGCUUUCGGUGAGAAUACAAAAGCACAGAUGGCAGCAAAAGCGAUGUUUCAGCUGGGCUGGAAAAAUGUACUUGAUUGUAUUGUUCGUUUGUUUUUUGCUCGUUUGCUUCCGGGCGCGAUAACCGAAGUAGAAGAUUUCGUAGACCCAAAAGGAUGGGUCUCAAUACAGCGCCUUCGGCCUCCGAAAUUAUCAACAAGUCGGAAUGAUUCUGGUUUGCUGAGUUGGCUUGGAUUGAGUUCCAGCUCGGAUAAUCGGGAAACCGGCCCAACUGCUGAUCAGCAACAGCUAAUCAAAGCAAGAUUUUCUUUUUUAAAUAAAGUUGCGCAAACAGUGAUAGCUGAGUGCCAUACGGAACAGCUCAUCAUCGAUGGCAAAUACCUCACAUCCUCGGCACUUUCGGAGCUGAUCAGUGCAAUCAUUCAAGCUUCCACUAAUUUUGCUCAUGUCGAAAAUGAAAGAACUGUAGCAGCACCGGGCCGGCUCAAAGAUCAGGAAGAAGAUGCGCUGGUGCUUUAUCUGGAGAUGAUGGUUAGCAUAGCGCUGGAAAAUAAGGAUCGACUGGCCCUGAUUUGGCCACCUAUAAAGCAACACUUGCAAUGGCUGAUGAGCAGUUUUGGUCGUAAUCCGCUGAUUGUGGAGCGAGCUGUCGUUGGCUUAUUGAGAAUUGCGAAUCGAAAUUUGUUCCGGCUGAAGGAUGAUGUUGCCGAUGAAGUGCUCCAUUCCUUGGGAAUGCUUCUGGUUCCUGUUUGA